UUUUUAACAGUUUUAGUUCCAAUUCAAAAAUUUUUAGUCCACGAAUAAUUCUGUUUAAACUGAACCACUGGUUUUGAUCCUGCUUCGGCUUAGAGCCAACUGAAGAGAACCGAAACUGGCAAUUUAUAGCUGGUCCGAUUUUGAUUUAGAUCCUUAAAUUAUUGACCCAAAACAAUUCUAAAUUUGAUUCAAACCAAUUUUGAUUAAACCAGCCCUUGACUGGGUCUAGUCUGAGCAAUUCUGUUUAUUGUACUUCUUAAUGCGACAAUUGCGCUUAGGGUUGUUUUUCUCUUUCUACUUCUUGCACUUUUAAAUAAGAAAAUUACUUGAUUACAUACAAAGCAUUACAUUAAAAAAACACUUGAGCACAAAGCAUUACUUUAUUUUUUUUUUUGAGAAUACAAAUACUACUAUUCUUGAUGUCGACCCGAGCAAAGAAAAGAGGAGGAAAAUCUUGAUCUUGACCAAAGACUAUACGUGUUUAUAUAUAUUGGAGAGUGCGCAUAUACAUAGGAAAAGAGAGGUAUAGUUUGCCAUUAAUGAACAAAAUGCAUACUUUUCAAUUUGUCUUCUAUUUCUUGGCUUUAAAUUUGUUAUGUACCCCAAGUGCAGCAGCUGCGGAUGGAAGCACCAGGACAAAGCAUAGCAACCGUGUUAAAGGCAUUAUUGGUGCUAUUAUAGAUGAGAGUUCUCGUAUUGGUAAGGAAGAAAGAUUAGCUAUGGAAAUUGCAGCGGAGGAUUUCUAUAGCCACAGUAAACAAAGUUUGACUCUGCAUAUACAUGACUCUCAAGGGGAUCCCAUCAGAGCAGCUCUAGCAGCUAAGGAACUUAUUGACACACAAGAAGUGGAAGCCAUUCUAGGAUUGCAGACUUGGGAAGAGGUGUCAGUAAUUGCUGACACCAGCAAUCAAAGUCAGGUUCCAAUUCUUUCUUUUGCUGACACUAUUCCAAAAUGGGCAGCAAAGAAAUGGCCUUUCCUACUCCAAGCUUCACCAAACAAAUACGAUCAAAUGAAAGCCGUUGCUGCAAUUGUUCAGUCAUGGAAUUGGCAUCAAGUAACUGUAUUAUAUGAAGAUUCUAUGGCAGGUGGAGUCAUACCGUAUCUCUAUGAUGCCCUGAGAGAAGUAGGUGCAGACAUCAGGCAAAUUAUAAGCCUUUCUCCUUUUGCUGCUGCUUCUUCCUUGUCUGAAGAUCUUGAAGCUCUUCAGAGAGAGCAGUUUAGAGUCUUUAUUGUUCAUGCUUCCUUAUCAUUGGCUGCACGCCUAUUUGAAAUAGCUAACAAAUUGAAGAUGAUGGAACAGGACUAUGUAUGGAUCACUACAGAUCCCAUUACAAGCCUUGUCCAUUCAAUUAAUGCCUCUAUCAUCAAUUCAAUGCAAGGAAUUGUAGGAGUCAAAAGCUAUUUCCCUGAAACAGGGCAAUGUUUUAAGGAUUUUUACAAAAGAUUUCGCAGAAGAUUUAGCACACAACAUCCUGAAGAGGAUAACAAUGAGCCAGGAAUUUUUGCAGUGCAGGCCUAUGAUGCUCUCCGGACAAUGGCUCUAGCAAUCAAUGAAACUAAUUUUGGGGGCCAAGAAUUGCUUACCAAAUAUCAUGACUUAUCUGGAAAAAUUCAGUUCAUCAACCAGGAAGUGGCUCCAAAAUAUACAUUUGAGAUCAUCAAUAUAAUGGGAAAGAGUUACAGAGAACUUGGGUUUUGGUCAAAUGGCUUUGGCUUCUCCAAGACCAUUGGUAAAGGUGCUAAUUACACCUCUUCAAUGAAUGAUUACCAUGUUUUAUGGCCAGGGGGACCUCGGGAUACACCAAGAGGAUGGACUAUACGAACAAGCGACAACCCACUAAGAAUCGGUGUCCCUACAAUGUCAGGCUACACAGAAUAUGUGAAUGUGCAACAAGAUCGCUUGGGAAAUAAUUUAUCUUUCACUGGCUUCGCAAUUGAUGUCUUCCAUGCUACACUAGAACGCUUGCCAUUCUGUUUGCCGUACAAGUUCGUUCCAUUUAAUGGAAAUUCUUACAAUGAGCUGGUGAAGCAGAUUCAUCUAAAGAAUUUUGAUGCAGUAGUUGGAGACGUGUCAAUAUUUUCCAACAGAUAUAAGCAUGCAGAAUUUACUCAUCCCUACACUGAAACAGGAUUGAUGCUGAUAGUUCCCACUCGAUCAACAUCCUGCAGUGCAUGGUUAUUCAUGAAGCCCUUCACAAAAUCUAUGUGGGUGCUAAUUGCAGCCAUAAAUAUCUAUAAUGGUUUUGUUGUUUGGUUGAUAGAGAGAAAUCACUGCAAUGACCUCAGAGGCUCCCUGCUAAAUCAAAUAGGAGUCUUGCUUUGGUUAUCCUUCACCACUCUUUUCUCCUUGACUGGGGAAAAAUUACACAGCAAUCUAUCAAGAAUGUCAAUGGUAGUGUGGUUGUUUGUGGCACUGGUCAUAACACAGACUUACACAGCAAACCUUGCUAGUGUGCUCACCGUCCAGAGGCUUGAACCUAUAGAACUAAAUAACAGUGCAAAAGUUGGAUAUUGUACUGGUUCCUAUAUCAAAGAUUAUUUGGUUGAUGUUUUAGGUUACGAUCAAAACAGGUUGCGGACUUAUUCCUCAAUAGAUGCAUAUGCUCAAGCCCUCAAGAACAAGGAAAUUGCUGCUGCUUUUCUUGAAGCUCCUUUGGCCAAAGUGUUCUUGGCAAAAUACUGCAAGGGCUUUGUGAAAGUUGGGCCAACAUACAAAGUUGGAGGUUUUGGAUUUGCAUUUCCGCGAGGAUCUCCAUUAUUAGCCAGCAUGAAUGAAGCUCUACUGAAGGUAUCAGAAAGUGGAAAGCUACUAGAGCUAGAGAACAGCAUGGUUCCAUCAAACCAGUGCAGGGACAGGGAUAUCGAUUUGGAUGAUGAAAAUCCCAGCCUUGGCCCCAGCUGCUUUCGAAUACUCUUUAUAUUAACUGGAGCUACAUCAACACUUGCUCUUGUCUCCUACGUUUUGCUUAAAGCUAAUUCUAUGCUGAAACACAAAUCAAUAUGGAGACUGAUGUUGGCUGUAAUGAAACACUGGCGCUUUCAAAAGAAGCAUUUCACUAGAAGAGUAAGCAAUGCUGAAAUCCAUGGAAAUUCCCCUCCAGAUGCAUUACACCCAGUUUAGAUAUCAAAUUUAAAAAAAAAAAAAAAAUUCCACUUUGUACAUUAUGAAUUUUAUUUAGCACUAUGUACAAAGUUAAAACAGGUGUAUAUAUCUAAAAUAAUGAUAAUAAUCAUACACUGACCUUAUUAAGAAUUAUGUUUUCCUUUUUCCUUUGUGAUGGAAAUAUAUGGGCAACUCAAAGAAAACUAAGUUUCAGGA